UCAGAAUUCUACUCCACAGCUGUAUCCUUAGGUUAGACCCUCAGAGCAUCAGCAUCCUUGAGUUCAAGUCCAGUUUGGCCUUUGAGUGGUUCAUCUCUCAAGAAGCCAGGACACUGAAGGCUGAGAAGUGCAAUAACCUUCGUAUUUCUUAAGGUGUGCCAUGGAGCCCUUCUGUCCACUCCUACUGGCAGGUUUUAGCUUGUCGCUUGCCAGAGCUGGCAAGGGCAACGACACCACCCCAACAGAGAGCAACUGGACUAGUACAACUGCAGGCCCUCCGGACCCUGGUGCCUCCCAGCCGCUUCUCACCUGGUUGCUGCUGCCUCUGCUCCUCCUUUUCCUCCUCCUCGCAGCCUACUUCUUCAGGUUCAGGAAGCAGAGGAAAGCUAUGGUCAGCAGCAACGACAAGAAGAUGCCCAACGGGAUCCUAGAAGAGCAAGAGCAGCAGAGAGUGACGCUGCUGAGCCCAUCUCCAUCGGGUCCCAAGAAGUAUUUCCCCAUCCCAGUGGAGCACUUGGAGGAGGAGAUCCGUGUGAGAUCGGCAGAUGACUGCAAGCGCUUCCGUGAAGAGUUCAAUUCAUUGCCAUCGGGACACAUACAAGGAACAUUUGAACUAGCAAAUAAAGAAGAAAACAGAGAAAAAAACAGAUACCCCAACAUUUUGCCCAAUGACCAUUCCAGAGUGAUCUUGAGCCAAGUGGAUGGAGUUCCCUGCUCUGACUACAUUAACGCCUCCUACAUAGAUGGUUACAAAGAAAAGAACAAAUUCAUAGCAGCUCAAGGCCCUAAGCAGGAGACAGUGAAUGAUUUCUGGAAGAUGGUCUGGGAGCAAAAGUCAGCCACCAUCGUCAUGCUGACGAACCUGAAGGAAAGGAAGGAGGAGAAGUGCUACCAGUACUGGCCAGAUCAGGGCUGCUGGACCUAUGGGAACAUCCGGGUGUGUGUGGAGGAUUGCGUGGUUCUGGUGGACUACACUAUCCGCAAGUUCUGCAUCCAUCCGCAACUCCCAGACAGCUGCAAAGCCCCACGACUGGUCUCACAGCUACACUUCACCAGCUGGCCUGACUUUGGGGUGCCUUUCACCCCCAUCGGAAUGCUGAAGUUCCUGAAGAAAGUGAAGACACUCAACCCUUUACAUGCUGGGCCCAUUGUGGUCCACUGUAGCGCGGGCGUGGGCAGGACAGGCACCUUCAUUGUGAUUGACGCCAUGAUGGACAUGAUACACUCAGAACAGAAGGUUGACGUCUUUGAGUUUGUGUCUAGAAUCCGGAAUCAGCGCCCACAGAUGGUCCAGACGGAUGUUCAGUAUACGUUCAUCUACCAGGCCUUACUAGAGUACUACCUCUACGGGGACACAGAGCUGGAUGUGUCCUCCCUGGAGAGGCAUCUGCAGACGCUACAUGGCACAGCCACUCAUUUUGAGAAGAUCGGGCUGGAGGAGGAGUUUAGGAAACUGACCAACGUGCGAAUCAUGAAGGAGAACAUGAGGACGGGCAACCUGCCUGCUAACAUGAAGAAGGCCCGUGUUAUCCAGAUCAUCCCAUAUGACUUCAAUCGGGUAAUCCUGUCCAUGAAAAGAGGCCAAGAAUACACAGACUACAUCAACGCAUCCUUCAUAGAUGGCUACAGGCAGAAGGACUACUUCAUGGCCACUCAGGGACCUCUGGCUCACACAGUUGAGGACUUCUGGAGGAUGGUGUGGGAGUGGAAGUCACACACCAUCGUCAUGCUGACAGAAGUGCAGGAGCGGGAACAGGAUAAAUGCUACCAGUAUUGGCCAACAGAGGGCUCAGUGACUCACGGAGAUAUAACUAUAGAAAUAAAGAGUGACACCCUGUCUGAAGCCAUCAGCAUACGAGACUUCCUGGUUACUUUCAAACAGCCCCUGGCCCGGCAGGAAGAGCAGGUCCGCAUGGUGAGACAAUUCCAUUUCCACGGCUGGCCUGAGGUCGGAAUCCCUGCUGAAGGCAAAGGCAUGAUCGACCUCAUCGCAGCAGUGCAGAAACAGCAGCAGCAGACAGGCAACCACCCCAUCACCGUGCACUGCAGCGCGGGAGCCGGUCGGACGGGUACAUUCAUAGCACUCAGCAACAUUUUGGAGCGAGUGAAAGCCGAGGGUCUCCUAGAUGUGUUUCAAGCUGUGAAGAGUUUAAGACUUCAGAGGCCACACAUGGUGCAAACCCUGGAGCAAUAUGAAUUCUGCUACAAAGUGGUACAAGAUUUUAUCGAUAUAUUUUCUGAUUAUGCAAAUUUCAAAUGAAGAUUCCUGCCUUAAAAUAUUUUUAAUUUAAUGUGUGUACGGGGGACAACCCCAGGGUCGGUCGCCUCCUCAUAAAGGGGAACAGGUCACCAAGCUUCUCUCAGCCCCCACAGCUCUGAGUUCCAUCCAGAGGCACAAGCCGGCACCCAGCAUGCAAGGGUGCAGUCAGACAAUGGCCACCGUGACCAUCAGCAGCUGCACCCAGGGCUAACUGCGUGCACUGAACUCGGCCUCCCCUUCUCCGUGCAGCGGUGGAGCAUAGGC